AUGCAGAUUGCUUCUCUGGUGAUCUACAGCUUUGCGUUUGUGCUGGGAGUCCUUGGCAACGGGCUGGUCAUCUUCAUCACUGGCUUUCAUAUGAAGAAGACGGUCAACACGGUCUGGUUCCUCAACUUGGCCAUUGCUGACUUCAUCUUCAUCUUUUCCCUGAUUUUUGUCCGUGUUGCUCUUUACUUCAAGUGGUACAUCAACCAGUUCUUGUGCAAGAUGAACAGAACCCUCAUCUUCCUCAACCUCUAUGCCAGUGUUUAUUUCCUUAUGGUCAUCAGCAUUGACCGCUGCAUUUUUGUCAGGUAUCCGGUCUGGGUUCAGAAUCACCGAACACCUCGUCUGGCUUCUUUUGUGGCCUUGGGUGUGUGGAUCCUGGCCUUUGUGUUGUCUUCUCCCCCUCUCUAUUCCGGGGAACCCAUAAAAGAUGCAAAUAACAUAGUGAUCAGCUGCUAUAACGAUUAUGGUAACAGCAUAGAUAUUAAACUGGCCAUCAGCAACUUCGUCCUUACCUUCGUCAUUCCCUUUGUAGUUAUUCUUCUCUGCUACGGAACGAUUGUUCUGAAACUGAGAAGGGGUCAAUUGUUUCAGUCAAGUAAGCCCUAUAAGAUCAUCACAGCUGUGCUUGUGGCCUUUUUUGUAUGCUGGUUCCCUUAUCAUGUUUUUUCUUUCAUUAACCUGAAAUAUUCAUCACAUCUAGACAUGUUGUUGGCAGUGAAUAUCGGUGUUCCCCUAGCAUCUUUCUUGGCUUUUAUCAACAGCUGCCUCAAUCCCAUCUUCUACGUCUUUAUGACUCAGGGCUUCAAAGACAGCCUGAGAAAGUCCUUCCUAUCUGCAAUUGAGAAUGCCUUCACAGAAGAGGUCAGGCAGACCUCCACAACCAACAAAACCAGAUCUUCAGCCGAGCUGGAAUCCCAGUUAUGA